AUGGCCGAAUUUCUGAAUCUCGGAGCUAAUUGCGAUCUGGAACAAUGCCGGAAAUUGGAUUACACUCCUUUCACCUGUUUCAAAUGUAAAAAGAUCUUCUGGUACGAAAACUACUCGUUUAUCAUUUACAGGGGAAGUACUUCAAGUGUGACGCUCAGAUUUUCUUUAAAAUUUGCACACACGUCGGGUAUGGACUAAAUAUCAAUUCCUGAAAAUUUUAGCUCGCGCUUUGCGGGCGCCGCCGAGAUAUCGAACGAUUUUUGCCGCCGAGAGAGCACGCUCAACGUGGAGAGCGGUCAGAGAGAAAACCGUUUUUUGGCCAUAACUUUGGCAGUUUGGUGCGGAAAAAUUUGAUUUUUUGUAGAAACGUUAUCCUUUACAGUUGAAAUAGGCAUGAAACUUUUCGUGCCGAAAUUCGGCAAAAAGUCCUAAAAUUUCGCCGACUUUCGAUCUAAAAAUCUCGGUUGUUUCUGCAAAGCGCGAGCUAGGAUUCCCGCAUAUAUCUUAGAAAAAAUUAUUCUAAAUUUGUGCCAAGUUUCAUCAAAAUCUGAGCGUCACACUUCAAGUACUUCCCUUGUUAGUUUGACGUUUAGUACAGCUCACAGACUUAACCAUGGAUGUGAAAACAACGAGGAUCAGACGAUUGCGGUGCCUAAAAAUGCAAAUGGAGAGUUUUUAAAAUUUAUUUGCUCCAAAAGUGGAUGUACGAAGUCGGAGCUCUCCAAAAUCGAAUGUUCUCAGUGCGAAAGACAUUUCUGCAUGGAGUGAGUUGUUUAAUCUUUCUUGUUUUUUGUUUUUCGAGGCUGAACAUUGGCCGUUUGGAUGUUGAAAUAAAAAAUUUUCUUUCAGCCAUCGCCAAUGUGAAGAUCAUGAUUGUGAGGCUGUUUUGGAAGCUCAAAGGAACCAGAAAAGUCGGAUUCGGGUGGUAACAGCUUCGGAAGUCAACAUCAAAGCUCCGAAAAAUGUGAGUUGAGCUGAUUUUCGUGGUUUCAGUACCUACUUUGAGUUUAGAGGAUGUCAGUGAAGUAUAAGGUCCAAAUUUCAAAAAUAAACGGAAUUUUUGCCUUCUCACACUCUGAUUUUUAGUAUUCCAACCCAGAACAGCAGAAACGAGCCGAUAAGAUUGCCAUAAUGCGUUUAAAAUCCCAAUCCAAAUCUGAUGUGGCCUCAAUUUUUGUCUUUGCCAAUUAUAAAAAAGAGCGAUUUCCCGUGAUGCUUCCAAAAAAUUGGACUGUAAAUCGAUGCCGAAGUGUGUUCGCCGAAAAAAUCAAGUCCGAAUCAGUCGAAUCCGGGAAAUUGAAGGUGUUUACGGCGGAUGAAAAGGAUGAUUUGAAAGGAAUUAAGUUGGAUAUAACGGUCGAAAGGCCUUCAAAGACUUGGAAGACGUCUAUUUACUUGUGGAAUAAAAUAUUUAUGGCCUGGGCGAUUGUCUGGAUUUAUUCGUAA